AGUUCAGUUUAUUCACAUCACUACCUAGUAUACCUUUGGAAGGCUUGUCGUAUUUUAUUUAUCUUAUUAUUUUCAUUACUACCUAGCCCUGGAUUUAAGCCUUUUUGACGCUAUAUCACUGCAUGUUUAGUCUACAUGCUACCUUGUAGGUAACUAGGUACCUAUCUUGUUCGGUAUCGGUAGGCACGCCUCGCCUCGCAUGAUGAUGGGGUCGUUCGGCUCUACAGCUCGGGAGCUCUAUCCAGGGCUGGGGUUCACGUCUUAUAUCAGUGGUGAAUCAUGCCCGGAUACAUCUUGGCUCGUUGCAUUUCCUGUGUCCCUCUUUGCUAACCUCGAAACUUGGUAUGGUCAACUGGGCUUCGGUUCUCGUUUGCUCUUCUUCACAUUCCUCGUCUCUACUUUUGCUGCUUCCUCGUCCUGGUAUGCUGGCCGGUUAAAUCGAAACAUCAUGUUGCUCCCGUUGAUAUUGCUGGCCACCCUCAGCCUUACCCAGGGGCAGGAUAGUGCUACGACCACAACGACUGCUCUAGAUUCGACAUAUACCCUGCCACCGGAUGCAGAUGUUGGUCAGCAAGUCAUUCCAAACAUUGUUGACCCUCAAGCUGUCAAUCCUCAACUAGUGUGCCCCGGCUACAAAGCCUCGAACGUCAAAUCUCAAGGCAAUGCCUUAACAGCAGAUCUUACUUUAGCAGGCGAGGCCUGUAAUGUCUAUGGCACUGACAUCGAGUCUCUUUCUUUGUUUGUCGAGUAUCAAGCAGCAGACCGGCUACACAUUCAGAUACAGCCUCGUCACAUUGGCCCUGAGAACUACACAUGGUUCAUCCUCCCCGAUGAAUUGAUCCCAGCACCUCAAGUAGAGAGCGAGGAUGAAUCCGAUAGCUAUCCCUCAGAUAGCGAUCUCGAUUUUGCCUGGAAAAAUGAGCCUACCUUCUCAUUUGAGGUCGUGAGAAAGAGUACCGGCGAUGUUUUAUUUACUACUGGGGGUACCCAGCUGGUGUAUGAAGACCAAUUCAUUGAAUUCGGCUCUUACUUACCGGAUAAUUACAAUCUGUACGGUCUAGGCGAAGUCAUUCAUGGUUUUAGGCUUGGGAAUAAUCUCACUCGAACCCUCUUUGCCGCAGAUGUGGGUGAUGUUAUAGAUGCGAAUAUCUACGGCAACCAUCCCAUAUACCUUGACACUCGCUACUUCAAGGUUGACCAAGAGACGGGAGCGAUGGCAUAUGCUUCAGACUUGACGGAUAAGUCGGCUCAGUACAAGUCAUACACUCAUGGCGUCUUCCAGCGGAAUGCCCAUAUACAGGAAGUGUUGCUACGAGAGAACAACAUUACUUGGAGGGCACUUGGUGGUAAUAUUGACCUAUAUUUCUACCAAGGUCCCACACAGGACAGUAUCACCAAGGCAUAUCAAAAGAGUGCUAUUGGACUGCCCGCGAUGCAGCAGUAUUGGACAUUUGGAUAUCACCAAUGUAGAUGGGGAUAUAAUAAUUGGACUGAGCUUCAAGGUGUUGUUGACAACUUUGCCAAAUUUGAAAUUCCUCUCGAAACAGUAUGGUCCGAUAUUGACUACAUGACGGCAUAUCGUGACUUCACCAACGAUCCUAAUCGAUUCAGUUUCGAGGAAGGAGUUGACUUUCUAUCUCGUCUACAUGAGAACAAUCAACAUUAUGUGCCCAUUAUUGAUUCGGCAAUUUAUGCCCCGAAUCCUGAAAACGCCAGUGAUGCAUACCCACCUUUUGAUCGCGGUGUCGAGCAAGACGCUUUCUUGCUCAACCCCGAUGAAUCCAUCUACAUUGGAGCAGUAUGGCCAGGCCUCACUGUGUUCCCCGACUGGAUCGGUGCUUUGUUUAACGGCACUGGUGCAAAUCGAUGGUGGAUAUCUGAAAUCGCCGAAUACUAUAGUAAAGUCAAGUUUGACGGCAUUUGGAUAGACAUGUCGGAGGUUGCCUCCUUCUGCGUGGGUAGCUGUGGCAGCAACGAGCUAAAUCUCAACCCCGUCCAACCUCCGUUUCAACUUCCGGGAGCGCCUGGGAAUGAGGUGCUACAAUAUCCCGAGGGGUUUAAUAUCACCAAUUCAACAGAAGCUGCUGCUGCAUCCGCGUCUUUGAGUUCCCAGUCAGCUACAGCAACAUCAGCAUCUUCUACGUCAACUUCUUAUCUUCGCACUACCCCGACGCCCGGUGUUCGUAAUGUCAAUUGGCCGCCGUAUACUAUCAACAACUACCACGGCGACCUUGCUGUUCACGCUGUUAGUCCUAAUGCAACCCACCAUGGUGGUGUUCUAGAGUACGAUGUGCAUAAUUUGUAUGGACAUCAGAUUCUGAAUGCUACUUAUCAUGCUCUUCUGAACAUAUUUCCCACUAAGCGACCGUUCAUUAUCGGGCGGUCCCAGUUUGCCGGCUCUGGAAAAUGGGCUGGCCAUUGGGGUGGUGACAACUAUUCUCUUUGGGCUUUCAUGUUCUUCUCCAUCCCACAGGCUCUUUCAUACUCCCUAUUUGGUAUACCUAUGUUUGGUGUCGACACCUGUGGAUUUGCCGGUAACGCUGAUAUGGAGUUGUGCGCACGUUGGAUGCAACUAUCCGCCUUCUUCCCAUUCUAUCGAAAUCACAACACCCUAGGAGCUGCUAGCCAGGAGCCAUACAUAUGGUCAGCCGUGAUAGAUGCCUCGAAGGUGGCUAUGAAGGUCCGCUACGCACUGCUGCCCUAUUUGUACACGACAUUCUAUUUGAGUCAUUCCAUUGGUUCGACAACAAUGCGCGCUCUGGUCUGGGAGUUCCCUAAUGAACCGUGGCUUGCCGAUGCUGAUAGGCAAUUCCUCCUUGGCGAUGCGAUCAUGGUAACUCCUUGUUUGGUACAAGGCGCUACCACUGUUGAUGGAGUCUUCCCGGGCGUGGGUUCGGGAACUGUCUGGUACGAUUGGUAUAACCAGACAUCUAUUACUGGAGUAACAGCUGGACAAAACGUUACUAUCGAUGCACCUUUAGGCCAUAUCCCCGUAUUUGUGAGGGGAGGAAAAGUGAUCCCGAUGCAGGAACCAGGCCUGACGACGGCGGCCGUUAGGGCAACUCCCUGGAGCCUCUUAGUAGCAUUAGAUGCCAAUGGCCAAGCUAGUGGUGGGCUCUAUAUCGACGAUGGCGAAAGUCUUACCCCAAAUGCUACGACAUGGGUUGAUUUUACUGUGGAGAGCUCGUCGUUGAAAGCUUCACCCUGUGGUAAUUUUACAGAUACAAAUGUGCUUGGUAACGUGACAAUUCUGGGCGCUCAUGGUCCCGUGUCCAGGGUUGAGUUGAAUGGCAAUGAGAUACAUACUAGUGCCUGGAGUAUAGAAAGCUCGGAUAAGGUCUUGAAGAUUACCGGUCUCGAUACCUUGACGGCGAAUGGUGCUUGGAAUGAGGAGUGGACUUUGAGUUGGUCUUGAUAGAGAGUAGGGUUCCUAUAUCUAGUACUAGGUAGUUACAAAGGUCUGGUGACUCCGUCAUCCACAGACUAGAAACAGAGAUGAAUAAUAUAUCAUCAUGGCCUUACCCUUGUAGAACCUUAUUGCAAAUUGUAGUCGAUACUUAAUCUUCUCCCUCCUUG